UUGGAUAUUCUUGUUUGAAGUUUGCUAACCAAAGAUCUCAGCCAUGAAAUUUGCAAUUGUCUUCUUGUUCCUGGGUAUAGGAAGUUGCCUUGUCUCUACAAAUGCCAAUGCUAUUAGGAAGAAGAAAAUGACCGAAGCUGAAGCUAUGAGCAACGGUCGUGGUCUUGCUUUCAUUAUGAACAGAUAUAGCAAUUACAAGAACUGUGCAAGAUGCUCCGACAUUGAAAGAUACUGCAUGGAAAAAGCUAUUGUAGAAGAUUUUGUCUUGCUGAUAAAAUUAUUGGCUGGAGAUAUGGGAUGUAGUCAUCGUGAUCUUCUUGGCAAACUGAAUAUUAAAGUGCAUUUUGAGUAUGUAUAUGGUGCUUUUGAGCGCAAUGAUAUUGACACCUUCUGUAAGCAUGUAAGAGCAAAUGCACAAUUCGAUGCUUUGGUGCAAGGUCUAUCUUCUAUCCUGGUUGAACCUUUGAAACAAUCAAAUGUUGAACUUGGAGGUGUUCUUAAUUCCGUUAAUGGUGCUCUGGGUGGUACACUUAACAUAGCUUUAGGAUUGGUUGAUUCAGUUAUCGGUGGACUCCUUGGUGGAACACUGGGUGCAGUCGGUGGUGUGGUUGGUGGUGCUGUUGAUGCCAUAAGUGGUGUUGCUGGUGGACUCCUUGGAGGUGCUACUGGUGUGCUUGGUGGACUUACUGAUACAGCUGGUGGUCUUGUCGGUGGUCUUACUGGUGGUCUUACUGGUGGUCUUUUGGGAGGAGGAGGAGGAAAGAAGGGUGGCCUUGGAAGCCUUUUAGGUUAAAUAAAGGUGACUUUCUGAUUCAUCUGAGAAGACAAAGAAAUGAUACAUUCUUACUUUAUAAAUUCAUCUGUGUGUCCUUAUUUCAAAUCUUUUUUUUUACUAAUGCAUAAAAUUGCUCUAUUUUCUCUAAUUUAGACUUUUGAUCUUAUUUUGCUUGUAUCACUCCACUCGAUUUUCAAUAAACACACAGCUCUAA